AUGAGGAUAMUAAAAACAUUCAAARCAACUACAAAACUUCCCAGCAAGCKGUCMCUMCGYGUACCUGGSCUCCAAUGYCCRUGUCCAUCUUUGGAGACUGGUAAAGAGUAUGUAAUAUUUGGCAAGCUGAAGACAAAGAAAACCGGGCAAAUMAGAGUCAUGCURAAUCGUCGAACUUUCGUCAAGGAAUGGAGUGGUGAAUUUGAAAAAGAAGUUGAUUCAAUGAAGAUGGAUUGUGAAGUAGARAAGGCUGCCACAACAGAGAUACCAACAACUUCAGUUAGCGACACAUCMACUAAAGCGACCACUCUUGAAUCAACAAUCCGACCACCGACCACAACAAGAAUGGCAACUACCCAACCAACAGCUGACCCUUGUCCUUUGUGUCGGCUGUCUGAUAACCUAGCAGCUCUUUAUUGUUCAAACGAUUAUGCCAUACGCGCUAAGGUCACAAAGUAUCGUCUCGCCACCAACCGAACGAUGUACUACGCGCAUGUCAUCACAACAUACAAGACAAUUCAUGAACUUCCACAUGAAGUGUUGAUUCGAGUCCCAGGACAGCGCUGCCCCUGUCCACCGCUAGAAUCUGGGACCGAAUACCUUAUUGUUGGCAGAACUAAGGCUACUUUCACUGGAAAGCAAAGGCUGACUUUAUCGAUAGAUAGCUUUGUUCAGAAAUGGGAUGACAGUCUUGAUGAGAAAAUCGACGUAGUGAGAACGAGGUGCGGGUUACCUGUGGUAAAGGAGCUGACAACCAUCUCUACGCUUGCAUCUUCUAGAGGGACUACAAAGACUGCMAACUUAUUACCCACAUUACCCACAACUAUUGAAAGGGCAACUACAGAACAGCAAAAUGAUUGUCAAGAYUGUAGUCCUCUCAGCAAAAGCAAGACACGGCAAAAACAGUUUUGCAAAAGCGACCAAGUUUUCCAUGGUCGUGUUUUUAAGAUUCAUCGAGUUUCAGCCAAUCGUACUCAAUACCUCAUUACUAUGGUAACCGCAUUUAAAAGUACCUUUGAGCUGCCAGACCAGAUCCCGGUUCGAGUAGCUGAUAAUGCAUGUCUAUGUAGUCAAUUGGCUGUUGGUAAAGAAUUSCUAAUAUUUGGUCGAGUUAAAGACAAAGGCAGAGGGAGAGUACGAAUGACUYUAACUCGUAAGAGUUACAUACAAGAAUGGGAUGACAGCCUURCUGGAGUCAUCGACAUCCUGAAAACACAAUGUGAAAAGUCUAUAAUGGAAGUGAAGAUUAAGGAAACUACAGUCACAAAAGUUGYCCCACUUGCAACAUUGAAAACAACAGAAAAUCCGCCGAGUACUACAGGUAGCGAAUUGACAGUGAAAGAGACAGUGGUUUCAACAACAACAUCGCCAACAGCCAAUUGUCCGCAUUGCCAACUUUCCUACAACAUCCAUGAUUUUUGUCUAAACGAGCAUGUAUUACGYGUGCGCGUCAUCAAGAUGUACCACACGUCAGCAAACCGAACUGUCUACCAUGUGGGAGUGAAACAAACCUACAAGAGUACCGAUGGAACCGCGCCUAUAAUUCUACUGCGCGUUCCUGGUAUCGAGUGCCAUUGUCCUAAACUGCGAGUAGGUGUGGAGUAUGUCGUGAUGGGUUUAGUACGCAGAAGAAGAAAAGGACCGUCCAUUAUGAAACUCUCUGCUGGUAACUUUGUGCAAAGAUGGAAUGAAGACUUUGAAGAGGAGGUGGAAUCACUACGACUUGGUUGUAAUAGUUCUUCGAAUGUUGGCUCGUUUGUUCAUUUAAUUUCAGGUUCCAAAMCAACAAGCACAACACCCUCGACACCACCUAUUACUACCAAUAAAGUAACCACGGAGGUAACCACCACGCCAACAACCUCUACAUUACUAUCAAAUUCCACUUCAAGCCAUACUCCAUCUACUGAAAAUAAAGUUACUCCAASUACCUCYCCAAAGUGYCCUCCAUGUCUKAAGUCAAAGAGAAGAAAUAAACUCUAUUGCUUGAGUGAUUACGUUUUGGCAGUGCAAAUACUUGAACGUUUGCAUAACACAUCGACGCACAUCACAAAAUACUACGCCGCCGUACAACACAAGUACAAAGAAUACUCUCCUCUCGACGACAUCCUUGUUACUCUUAUCGUGAGAAAUGAUCGAUGUAACUGUCCAAAUUUUAAAGUAAAUGCGUCGUACACUWUGAUGGCAAACGUUGAAUACAUCGGAAGRGAUGAAAUUCGUCURAUUUUACCAGAACGGCCGUUUGUAAAAGUUUGGUCGAAAGGCUUUCACAAGAAAAUGCUGAGACUGAAAGGAUCGUGCAGCACUGGACACAAAAGACUUUGAGUUGAGGAAAUUAUUUGGAGAAAUAAUCUGAAAAAGGGAGAAAUGAGGGAGUACAUAUUUGGUAUAUGAGAAUAUGGUGUCCAUAUUUGGCGAACGAAAUCCAUAUUUGGCAAUUGACGUCAUAUUUGUAAACGCAAGCACGUUUAUGGUUAGACACUACAAAUUUGGAACGUCACGAACUUCAGUAUUUGGAAACUGAGGUCURUAUUUGGGGAGGAAAGUCCAUAUUUGGUAAAACCGUCUUGUACGAAAACUCAUAUUUGAAGAAUAUAUCCGUAUUUAUGUUUUCCAUGUUUUUGGAAACAAAGAAAAUUUUAGCAAAUCAGCUAUUUCUAAAAAGCAAAUCAUGCAUCACAAAACAUCAGAUUGGAACUGAUUUAGAGAAAAAUGUCAGGUUUUUAGUUUAAAGCAUGUUAUCCAAUACCAAUUUGCUUUGAGUUGUAAAUGAUUUAUUAAUUGUAAAUAUUAUAUAAUUUUAGUUAUCUUAAUGGUUAAUAAUGAUAAGAUUGUAAAUAUAAAAAUUGUAUUCUUAAUAAAUAUGGUCAACUAAUCACA